AUGGGCGCGCUGUCCACCCGCUGUCAGUCAGGGCCGGGGGCGGGGCUCGGGGCUCGUCCAAUGGGCGCGCUGUCCACCCGCUGUCAGUCAGGGCCGGGGGCGGGGCUCGGGGCUCGUCCAAUGGGCGCGCGGUCCACCCGGAUCGCGGCGGGCGGGGCGGCUUCCGCAGUGCGCGCCUUUGUGUCGGAGCGCGCGGCCCGUCCUGCAGCUCGGGGACGCCGGGACCGUUUCCUUCCUGGAGUUUGGGGACUUCGGUUCCCACUGUGCGGCCCGAGCCACCGUGCGGCGGGAGAGCGGACGGAGCCGCUGGCGUUGGGGACGCCGGACAUGGACUUAGUAUCAUUUGAAGACAUAGCUGUGGACUUCACCCGGCAAGAGUGGCAGGACCUGGAUGUUGCUCAGCGAAACCUCUACAGAGAUGUGAUGCUGGAGAACUACCACAGCCUGGUGUUCUUGGGGAACUGUAUGACCAAGCCAGAUUUGAUCUUCAAGCUGGAGCAUGGAUUUGCACCAUGGAGUGCAGUAAAAGGCUCAAUCUGGAGACAUUCAGCAGAUUUAAAAAGUCAACAGAAAAUCCACUGUAUAAAGAAUUCUGAAUUUAAACAGUGCUAUAAUGCUAUCUAUCACAAGUCACACCUCACUUGUCAUCAGCAAACUCACACAGUGGAGAAGCCUUAUCAUGGUAAUGAACAUGGGAAAUCUUUAUACCAGAAGUCACAACGCACUAUGCAUCAGAGAUCUCACACAGGGAAGAAGUCAUAUAAAUGUAAUGAAUGUGGUAAAGCUUUUCCCCAGCAAUCCUACCUCACUGUGCAUCAGAAAACACAUACUGGUGAUAAGUCAUAUGUCCAUAAAAAAUGUGGGAAAACAUCCCUUGUGAAGUCACAAGUCAUUCUGCAUCAGAGAAAUCAGGCAGUUGAGAAACUUCAUGAAAGUAAUGAAUGUAGGAAAGCUUUCCUCUCCAAUUCAGAUCUUAAUAAACAUCAGAGAAGACAUACAGUCAAGAAGCCAUAUAAAUGUAAUAAAUGUGGGCAAACUUUCGUCUGGAAGUCAAACCUCGCGAGACAUCAGAAAUAUUUCACAAGUGAGAAGUCACAUGAAUGUAAUGAAUGUGGGAAAGCUUUUGUGUGGAAGUCACAACUUAUUCUGCAUCAGAAAAAUCAUACAGGAGAGAAGCCAUAUGAAUGUAAUGAAUGUGGAAAAUCUUUCCUUCACAAGUCAAAUCUUAAUAGUCAUAAGAUAACUCAUACAGGGGACAAGCCAUAUGAAUGCAAUCAGUGUGGUAAAGCUUUUUCCCAGAAAUCAUACCUCAAUAGGCAUAAGAAAACACAUACAGGUGCGAAGCCACAUGAAUGUAAUGAAUGUGGUAAAGCUUUCUCCAGGAAAUCACACCUCACUCAACAUCAGAAAACACAUACAGGUGAGAAACCUUAUCACUGUGAUGAAUGUGGUAAAGCUUUUGCCCGGAAGUCACACCUCAGUGGUCAUCAGAAAACACAUACAGGUGAGAAGCCUUAUGAAUGUAAUGAAUGUGGGAAAGCUUUCAACUCCAAGUUACAACUCACUAUCCAUCAGAGAACUCACACAGGUGAGAAGCCAUAUGAAUGUAAUAUGUGUGGGAAAGCUUUCAUCUCCAAGUCACAACUCACUAUGCAUCACAGAACUCAUACAGGUGAGAAGCCAUAUGAAUGUAGAGAGUGUGGAAAAGCUUUCAUCUGCAAGUCACAACUCACUGUGCAUCAGAGAACUCAUACAAGUGGGAAGCCAUAUAAACGUAAUAAAUCUGGGAAAGCUUUCUAUCAGAAUUCACAGCUUCCUAUUCAUGGAAGAACUCACAGCUGAGAUGCCAUUUGAAUGUAUUAAGUUUGACAAAGCUUUUUACUAGAAUUGAAUUAAUCAUGUAUCAGAGCAUUAAUAUAGAUGAGAAACCUUAUGAGUAAGAUGUAUGUGGGAAGGCUUUCUACUAGAAAUCAUAACCCCGUGCAUCAGAGGAUUCAUAAGAGUUAGGGAUGUGGUGGUGCAUGCCUUUAAUCCCAGCACUCAGGAGACAGAGGUAGGAAGGUUUCCAUGAGUUCCAGGCCACCCUGAGAUGACAUAGUUAAGUCCAAGUCAGCCUGAAACAGAGUGAAACCCUACCUCAAAAAAACCAAAAAAAAAUAAAAUAAAAUAUAUAUGUAUAUAUUAAUGAGUAUGGGAAAGACUUUCUUAAAGACUUAAACCUCACUGUUUACCAGUGAACUUAGGCAGCAAUUAUAGGGAUGUAAUGUGUGUUUGAAAACUCAAUAUUCUCAUCUCCAUAUGAAUCACAGAAAUAGCAAUGUUGAGUGGACAUAUGAAUGUGCAAAAAAAAGCUAUGCCUCCCAUAGUAUUAGAGAACUCAAAAUGUUGUAGAGUCUUGUGCAUAUAACGAGUGGAAGGUUUUCACUCAGACAUAUAUCAUUCCACAUAGGACAAUUUAUACCAGUGAGAACUCUUCCAAAAUUAAAUCAUAUAUACAAUUUUUUAUUCCUCUGAAACUUACACUUGAUUUUAUAUCUUUGCAAUAAAAGCAAGUUGUUUUAAAGAUUUAAAUUGCCAAAUCUUGUAUGUUGAAAACCUUACUAAAUUUAACAAUGUCUGUAACUCAUGUUUGACUUCAGAAAAGGAUAUGCAUAUAGGUGAGAAUCCUGGUGAAUGUUAAUUUUUUUCUAGUAUGUAACUUUGUCAAUUGUCACCUGAAAAUGCCUCAGGGAAGGUGUCAAUGUUUUUCAUGCCUAAUAAGGAUUUGAUAUUUCCAGGUUACAUUAAAUUACUUACAUAUCUCAA